UUUCUUCUCUCUGUCUCUCUCUUUCCUCUCACACAACUCCACACAUGGCGUCUCGGAGAGUCUUAUCAUCGCUUCUCCGUUCAUCUUCCGGUAGAUCUGCUGCCAAAUUAGGCAACCGUAACCCCAGGCUUCCGUCUCCUUCACCCGCUCGUCACGCCGCUCCAUGUAGUUACCUUCUCGGCCGCGUCGCCGAGUACGCGACCGCUUCACCGGCAAGCUCAGCUGCGCCAUCGUCUGCUCCUGCUAAGGAUGAGGGCAAGAAGACCUAUGAUUACGGUGGUAAAGGUGCGAUCGGGCGUGUUUGCCAGGUCAUUGGUGCCAUUGUCGAUGUUAGAUUCGAAGAUCAGGAAGGGUUGCCUCCGAUCAUGACUUCUCUCGAGGUUCAGGAUCAUCCCACAAGGUUGGUCCUUGAGGUGUCUCAUCAUUUGGGUCAAAAUGUCGUCAGGACCAUUGCUAUGGAUGGUACUGAGGGUCUCGUCCGUGGAAGGAAGGUUCUCAACACUGGCGCUCCAAUCACUGUUCCUGUUGGAAGGGCUACUCUUGGACGUAUCAUGAAUGUUCUUGGGGAACCCAUUGACGAGAGAGGCGAAAUUAAGACCGACCAUUACCUACCUAUUCACAGAGAUGCUCCAGCUUUGGUUGAUCUAGCCACUGGGCAAGAGAUUCUGGCCACUGGUAUUAAGGUUGUUGAUCUUCUUGCUCCUUACCAAAGAGGAGGAAAGAUUGGUCUUUUUGGCGGUGCUGGUGUUGGAAAAACUGUGCUGAUUAUGGAGCUGAUCAACAAUGUUGCCAAAGCUCAUGGUGGUUUCUCUGUGUUUGCUGGUGUGGGAGAACGAACCCGUGAGGGCAAUGACUUGUACAGAGAAAUGAUUGAGAGUGGUGUCAUCAAGCUAGGCGAGAAGCAGUCUGAAAGCAAAUGUGCUCUUGUGUAUGGACAAAUGAAUGAGCCCCCGGGUGCUCGUGCCCGUGUUGGACUGACUGGUUUGACUGUUGCUGAGUAUUUCCGUGAUGCCGAAGGCCAAGAUGUGUUGCUUUUCAUUGACAACAUUUUCCGUUUCACUCAGGCCAACUCUGAAGUGUCUGCUUUGCUCGGACGUAUCCCGUCUGCUGUGGGUUACCAGCCAACUCUGGCUUCUGAUCUUGGUGCUCUUCAAGAGCGAAUCACAACCACCAAGAAAGGGUCUAUCACCUCAGUCCAAGCUAUCUAUGUCCCUGCUGAUGAUUUGACAGAUCCUGCUCCUGCCACAACUUUUGCUCACUUGGACGCCACAACUGUGCUGUCAAGACAGAUUUCUGAGCUUGGUAUCUACCCUGCUGUGGAUCCUUUGGAUUCAACAUCCCGUAUGCUCUCGCCUCACAUUUUGGGUGAGGAACACUACAACACAGCUCGUGGUGUGCAGAAGGUGCUACAGAACUACAAGAAUUUACAAGAUAUUAUUGCAAUAUUGGGAAUGGAUGAGCUAAGUGAAGAUGACAAGCUGACUGUUGCCCGUGCCCGUAAGAUCCAGAGAUUCUUGAGUCAGCCUUUCCACGUUGCUGAGAUCUUCACUGGUGCCCCUGGAAAAUACGUCGAUCUUAAGGAAAACAUCAACAGUUUCCAGGGUCUGCUCGACGGUAAGUACGAUGAUCUUCCUGAACAAUCAUUUUACAUGGUUGGUGGCAUCGACGAGGUGGUUGCAAAGGCAGAGAAGAUCUCCAAGGAAUCAGCAGCUUAAGGGAUUAAUUCAUCUCCUUCAUGUGCUUAAUACUUCUCUUCUUCUUUUGUUGACAAUAACGAAAAAAAAACAAGGGCAAUGCUUCAGGCUGUUCUACUGAUGCAUUGUGAUCAUUGUGAGUGUGAGAGAUAGUACGGAGAAAACAAAUUCAUUCGUUCGAGUUUUUUGACUUGGAAUAAAGGAGACAAAGUGUUGAUGUUUUCAUUCUCUCCACAUUUGUAUUCAAGUUUUCGUAUUAAGGAAAAUGUUUUUACAGAA